UAUCUCCGACUUCUGGACACUUUUUAAAAACUGUUUCCUUGCAUUCACUGUAAAAAUGAAAGUAUCAGGCGACUUGAACUGCCGGAGAUCGGAGUUGAAUCCUUAAUUAUCUGUCUUCACUGCGGAUUUAUUCCCUCCAAGAACGACAGAAACACAAACAUGGGGAAAUGGCACUUAUCUAUGGACCCGGUGCAGGAGUGGGGCGAGGAGGAGGAAGACGGAGCUGUGUUUGGCGUCACGCUGCGCAGGGAGCCCGUCCUGCCCGGCUCAGAUGCGACGGAUCUGCCAACGGCCUUCAGCUUCGUCCAGUACCACACGGUGAAAGUGCGCAGGCUGAAGGCUGCCACCCUGGAGCGUCUGGUCACCCACCUGCUGGACGCUGAGCACCGCGAGCCCGACUUCAUGCCUGUGUUCCUGUCCACCUAUAGGGCCUUCACCUCCACCAGCACCCUCAUCGAGCUGCUGUUUCAGAGAGACGACUCAGUCACCAACCUGGAUAACAACGUCUGCCACCGCAGUACCUUGCUCCCGGUUAUUCGGCUGUGGCUGGAGGAACACAGUGAAGACUUCCAAGAACCUCCUCAGUAUAAGGCCCUCCGGCUGCUGUGUGCCCACCUGCACCGCCGCCUCUGCUUCAGACGACUGGCUCAGAGCGCCGACGUCCUGCUCAAGAGGCUCCAGGAACAAGAUUGCAGCCAGCCUGCAUCAGAGCACGACAGUGAAUCAUCACAGCAAGAGCUCAGAGAUCAGCAAGACGGACUGGAGUUGUCCACUCAGGUGGAAGAUAAAUUCAACUUUAUGGACUCUCCUGUGAGGGAAGUGGCGGAGCAGCUGACCAGACUGGAUGCUGAGCUGUUUGUCAAAGUGGUUCCCUUCCACUGUCUGGGCUGCAUCUGGUCGCAGCGUGACAAGAAAGAAAACCGCAACCUGGCGCCAACAGUGCGUGCCACCAUAUCCCAGUUUAACGCUGUCACCAACCGUGUCAUCACCUCGCUGCUCUGUCCGUCCGCACCAGGCCCUUCCACCUCCUCCCCCAUCUCGUCGCCCUGCUUGUCCUCUGCCUUCCCGUACCCGUCCACCGCCCCGAGCUCCCCUCACUGCUCGCACACCAGCCCCGCCCACAGAGCACGCAUCAUCGAGAGGUGGAUCGCCAUCGCACAGGAGUGCAGACAGCUGAAGAACUUCUCCUCUUUAAGAGCGAUGCUUUCAGCACUGCAGUCCAACGCUGUGUAUCGCCUCAAGAAGACCUGGGCGGCUGUCAGCAGGGAAAGCAUGGCAACCUUUGACCACCUGUGUGAGACUUUCCCAGAUGAGAACUGUGUGCUGACCAGCAGAGAGAUUCUGGUGGAGGACGGGAGUCACCUGGACAGCAGUGCCACCUCAGGCUCCAAAUCCCCCAAACUCUGCUCUGAGUCCAAACAGACGACCCUCAGCAAUGGCGUUGUUCCAUAUCUGGGCACCUACCUGACCGUCCUCACCAUGCUGGAUACAGCUCUGACUGACACUGUGGAGGGAGGACUCAUCAACUUUGAGAAACGCAGGCGGGAGUUUGAGAUUCUCUCUCAGAUUCAGCAGCUCCAGGCCUCUUGUUCCCACUACAGCCUCCCAGUGAACCCUCACGUCACGUCCUGGCUGCAGGCGCACACUCUGCUAACAGACCAGGAGAGCUAUGAACUGUCUCGUGAGCUGGAGCCGCCAGUUGACCCGUGUCCCAUCUCUCCCAACUCAUGGAGCAGCCGCCUGCUCACCAAGAAGCUCACCUCGUUGCGAACAUGCAGUGACAGCUCCCUCAGGAAGACUCACGCCGACCAGAUCAGCGUUUCGUCUUCUGGCUCCAGCAGUUCAGACAUGGAGGAUCUCACCGUCCCUCAGCCUUCACCACUCAGACUCAAACUCAAGUCUCUCUCUGGCUCCCUUCACAAUGUGGCAGAAGACUUCUCCUCCAUGUCCUCCAGCUCCUCCUGCAGCUCCUCACAUCCAGAUCUGAGCUCCUCCUCUCUGGUUCUGAGUCCGGAGUCUUCGUCCAGCUGCUCUCCUCAGGCUGCUCUGCCUGUUUACAACAAGCAGGUCGCCGACUCGUGCAUCAUCAGGGUCAGCGUGGAGUCUGUCAGCAACGGAAAUGUCUAUAAGAGCAUCCUGCUGACCAGUCAGGACCACACGCGUCAGGUAAUUCAAAGAGCUCUUGAAAAGCACAACAUGGAAGACAUCAGCUCCAAUGACUUCCGCCUCUGCCAGAUGCUCAACAGCGGAAAAGAGCUCCAGAUCCCUGACAAAGCCAACGUAUUUUAUGCCAUGUGCACCACUGCCAACUACGACUUUGUCCUGCGCCAGCGCUGGAAGAGCCACGGGAGACAUUUUGGCUCUUCUUCCAGCCUUGGAGCUCAGCCCAAGAGCCGGCACGCCAAGUGAAAAGCAUCUGUACUGGUUCAACGACAGGAGCACAACUAGAAAACAAGAAGAGCUGCUCAUCUGCAACGACGGCACAUCUGUGGCCAUUUGUUAGUGUCACAGUGUAGCAGAUAAGAGCAGCUUCGCCACAGAGACUUCGACUGAAAAAUAACCUGGAGGAGUUCUUGAUGAGAUGCAGUGUUCAUCAGGAGCAGCACCGAAGCCUGUUGGAACAUUCUGUGAGGUUUUAAGGAAAUAUAGAAAAAUUAAGAAGAAUCGGUCACAAUUUUUGUGAAGUCAAGUUGUUCACCCAGAAACUUUUCUCCUGAGAUUAACGAAUUUCGAUGGACGCUUGUUUUUGCACAUCAGGAUCAGCUGGACUGACACGACACUCCUGCAUCGUCACCGAACGAUGGAAAGUUUAUAAAUCAGUUUCUCGUCUGCAAGUGGUGCAGUAGAUUUGACACCUUUCCUUCGGCUCGUUUGGCUGAAUAAGCAACAGAAGGUGCUGACGUUCUUGAUCACACAAAAAGAGAAAGAGCCAGUCAGGACGAGUGAAAACUGGAUGUUCGCUGCUAGUCAAUGAGCAGGAGAACAGAUCUGGGUGAAAUGUGAAACAUGGAGAACGGUGAAACUCUUCCAAGUCAAAUGUUGUGGGAAAAAACACUGUCUGGACAGUUGCUAAUGAGUAUUCAGUCGUCUUUUAGUUUAAAUAUUUUAAUGUAACUUAAAAUAAUUUUAUUAACAUAAGUUAUUUAAUGCAUUUCAGUAUUGAUGCUUUAAGAGCAAAGGUGGCCUGAUGAAGAUAUCUUUCUGUGUCUGUUCUGUUUGGUUCAUUUUUGGUUCACUGCCCUGCACUCCAGUCUUAAACGAUAUGCUGUUUUCUUGUAGGAAUUUCCUUAACUUGCUUUGGUUCUCAUAAGCUCAACUCAAGUUUGUAUCAGUGUGAAUGAAGAGAGCAGACUUUUGCUGUCUACGGUGGUCAAAUGAAGGAAAAUGUAUGUGAGAAUAUGCAGUUACUUUGCCUAGAUUGUAGUAUUUAUGUCACAGGUUUAGUGUUUAUGCUGACAUGAGAGAUUCAAGUGACAUUAAACAACAUCAGGGUCUCUAGAUUCCUCCACCUGUGUCACUGUGAAUGAGAUUAAUCUAAAGACAGGCUCCUGUAUGUGAAAAUGAAGUGUCCCAGCAUGUGAAUUAAAUUUGACACGUGAUGUAAAAUCCUCCCCAGAAAGAACCAGUCAGCUUUUCACAAGUAAUAAACUUUAAAAUUGCUUUAAAUACUAAGUUUUAUUUCUCUUCAGUCAACACACAAUGCAUAUACGCAGAUAGAUUCGCAUCCCUGUUAAGAAUGAAUUGGAAAACAAAAACAUUUGCACUCUGGCGAAGUCUGUCCUCAGUUUUCUGCAGGAUUUUGCAUCACUGGGUUUAGCUUUAAAGCUGCUGUGGUUUUGAUGAAAGUCCAACUGAAGGAGAUUUGGUGAUGAGGUGGUUUGGCCGCUGCAGUAAAUGAAGGAGAAGUGUCAGCGUUACUCCUGCUGUGUCCGUCCAUGUGUCAUGUUCGCGGUCUUUAUGUUACUGAAAUGCAAGUCGCGUCAGACAAACAUGAUUUUGUUCCUAUAUUUUAUUUCAACAAGAUUUUUCAUUUUAAAACUUAAAUCUAAGCACUUAAUGUAUAUAAUUAGUAUCAAAUGUCCACUAAUAAGGUAAAUCUCGUAUUUAUCACAGUUUUUCUGUAAUUAUUUGUUUUUAUUGACUGUAUUCCUGAUGAUUUCUGAUUUCUUGAGAAAUAAAAGGAAUGCUAACUUUUGUGAUAGCACUACAAAUAUGAA